CAUGUUGGGUUUCGGGGUGAAGCGGAAACUGGACCAGGACGAGGAUCGGUUGGAGGCGGACGGCGGCGGCGGCGUCCUGUCCUCCGCCCGGCAGCGCCAGACGCUCCUCCACGUGUCUCUCUGCAAGCUGUACGGGCCCCGGACCGGCGCCGCCCUCGGCCUGCAGCGCCGCGUCCUCAUCAACAGCGUCAUCCGCCGCCUCCACGCCGGCGUCAGGCAGGACGGCGGCGGCGCCGGCUUCUUCUUCUUCGCCGCCGCGCCGCCCGUCUCCGCGGCCGCCGCCGCCAUCGAGGACGAAAGCUUCCGCCCGCCGCCGCCUCCGUCCUCCUUCAGCCUCCUCUCCUCGCCGCUGACGCCCGCCUCGCUGUUGGAGGACGACCUGCCCGUGUUCUUGGCCCCGCCCCCUUCCCCGAGGCCGCCCUCGCCACCGCCCAAAGACCAAUUCUCCUCCGCCCUGGAGGAGAUCGAGGACCUCUGCCGGUCCUCGCCGCCGCCACCACCGGCGGCUCGGGUUCCGAUGGACGCCGUCACGAAGGAGGAGGGGCGGGUCUUUCAGGAGAAAGCUCCGCCUCCUCUUCUUGCUCCGCCUCCUCUUCUUGCUCCGCCUCCGUCCCCCGCCGGCUCCUUCCUCACGGACUUCUCCCUGGACGACGUCCUCUUCACGGACAUCGACACGUCCAUGUACGACCUCGGGCCGGCGCCGCCGACCAAACCGCACCCGGCCGUGACGGCGGACGACCUGGUGCGGUGGGGGGGCGCCGCCCAGACCCAGACCCAGACCCAGACCCAGACGUUCAGAAUGGACCUGGCCGAGCUGGACCAGAUCAUGGAGGUGCUGGUCGGCAGCUGAAACCCAGACUGGAGGACUCAAGCUGCUGUUUAACAUUCAUUAAUAAUAAUAAUAAUAAUAUUAAUAAUAAUAAUAAUAAUUAUUAUUAUACGACUAUACUAUACGUAAUAUAUUAUACGAUUAUACGACUCAUCAAGUCGAGAAAGUAAUUUUU